AAUCCCAAUGAACAAAAACAAACCCGAUGCUGUUGUCUUUCACAUCCCCCAUCCUUUAUGACCAUUUGGGACCAGCGAGCAGAGCCGGAGCCUUCCCUUCCCUCCCACGUUCCUGGAAGGUCAGGCCGUGUCCGCAGCUCCAUGGGGACGCAGGAAUCCGCAGGAAUCCGCAGGAAUCCGCAGGGCCGGCCCGACCAGUUCAGACCAGUUGGUUAUCAGAGCGUCCCAGCCAACCCCCGGCGGGCCGGGAGGCGAUAAAUCACCCGGGGCAGGGCGGGGUGGCCGUGCCAGGCAGCCCCUGCAGCGCAUUCCCAGCGGGAAUGCCGCGGGAUACGGGGGAGGAGAGGCUGGAGGCGCCGGGAGGGGAUGAAUUGGGUGGGCAGAGGGUUUGGGGUGCCGGGAGGUGACAGACGGACAGACGGACACGCCGGGAGGUGACAGCAGCCCCGGCAUGGCAGCAAAGCGGAUCCCGCAGCUCCUGGAGCCAGGGCGGCCCUCGGGCAGGAUGUUCCCCUCGCCGGGCUGCAGGAGAGGCUUCCCCAGGGAGCCCGCCCCGUGGUGGGAUGGACCAUGGCCGUGUCCUCCUGUUGGCCCCGAGGACGGCUGGGACGAGCCACCCUGGGACGAGCCACCCUGGGAUGGGCCACCCUGGGACGGGCCACCCUGGGAUGAGCCACCCUGGAAUGAGCCACCCUGGAAUGAGCCACCCCAGGAGCAGCACAGGAGCCGCCGGCACAGGAGGCGCCCGGGGGAUUCACCCACAAAUCCAGGCCGGCCCAAAGCAGGGGUUCCCCCGCCAGCAGGAGAGGCAGAAAGAGCUGAGGGUCACAGUGGGGAGGGGGAGCAGCAAGAAAUCCCAAAAAUCCAGUGGGAUGUGUCCUCACGGUGGUCGCUCCCGUUGCAGCCCAGCCCCAGAGCCCCCAGACCCUGCCCUGGCCCCGGUGACAUCCCGUGGAAGGAGGAGGAGGGGGACAGGAGGUGGGCACCCCACGACUGUCCCCUGCCACCCCCUUGGGAUGACAGAGAAGCCGUCCCACCACCUGAGGACAGCUUUGGAGAAAUCUGGUACCAGGAUGUUCUGCCGGACCCCUGGCCCGAAUUCCCGGAGGAGCAGCAGCCCCCACCCGGACCCCCCUCCACCCAUCCAGGGAAUCCAGGCACAUUCCGGGAGCACCGCCCGCCCUGGAGCCGUCGUCCAGCCGGGAGGCGACAGAGCCACCCCCGGCAUCUGGUGCUGGUACCCCGGGCGUGGUGUCCCCGGCCACCCCGAGGGCACAAACCUCGCUCCAAGCCCUCCUCCCCUGCCCGCUUCAAGCGCAGCCAGGCCAGGAAGGAGCCGCAUCCCCCGGAGCAUCCCCGGGAUGUUGGGGAAAAGCCGGGACAGCCGCAGGAUGUGCCAGCGGCGGCUGGGAAUGCCCCGGAGCCCCCCAGUCCUGCCAGGAGCCCUCGGGAGAGCCCCACUGCCGAUCCCGGUGCUGCAGAGCCGCCGGUGGAGCUGGAAGCUGGGCAGACCCCUGUGGGCAGCCAGGAUCAGGAUCCCUGUGCUGCAGGAGCAGAUCCAGCCCCUCCAGAGGAGACCUCCAGCUCUCCUGGGAUCCAGGAGCACCUCCAGGUAGAGCCGUGCAGCCCUGGUGUCCCCAAGGCUGGCAGCAGUGACAGGUCACAUCCCCAGAGCCCAGCAGCCCCUGCAACCCCUGCCAAGGGGGAUCUGCUGGAGCCCAUCUCCUCUGGAGGGGCCGGGGCCGAGCUCAGCCCACGUUCCCGGGAGCAGCCACCGCCUGGAGCUGGGGAAACUGAGGCACAGGGUGCCCAGGAUGGGCCCCCAUGGAGCCUUCAGCCACCCGCAGAGCCUCCUCUUCCUCCUGGAUCUGCAGCAGAGCCCGAGGCUCAGCCCAGCCGGGCUUCUCCCGGAGCUCACACCACCCCAGAGACCUCCCCGGGGCCUGGGGCCGGUGAGACAAACCCGGCUGUGUCUGGCCAGCAGCAGCUCUGCUCCCUGCUCCCCACACCGCUCCCGGCCGGCAUCGAUCCCCGCUCCGCCGCCAUCCUCAGGAGGAAGGCAAAGAUCGAGCUGUCGUACCAGCAGUUCAGCCUGAGCAUCGCCGUGGUGGCCACGAUGCUGCUGCAGAAGGAGCCCUCGAUGGAGGCGGCGCUGGGGCUGGCGCUCAGGGCCAACCUCCGCCAGUGCCGCAUGCACCACCUGCAGCAGCUGCAGGAUUUCAUCGACAGCCUCGACUCGGACCCCGCCGGCCUCUGAGGGCAGCCCCCCACUCCUGACAGCGCUCUGGGGGGCUCAGGAGGGUGCUGAGCCUGCGGGACGAGCUGGGAGAUGUUGGCAGCCCCACUGUGUCUCUUGGAGAAGGAGGGUGAGCAGGAUAUGUUUGGGUUUAGCCCUGCCCAAACCCCUGAGGGCAGCAAAAGUGUUACUGGUUUUACUGGAGGGAGGGCAGCAGUCCCUCUGCUCUGUUGCUGAUUGCCAGGAAUGUGUUCCCAAACCCCAGCGAGUGUUUCUGUGUUUAAAUGUUCAAAUAAACCCCGUCUU